UUAACGCAGCACACAGAACGGACGUCCAUGGUCGUGUGUAUACAGUACAUCGACUUGUCACCGAUGCAUUACAGCUGAAGCUCCGGCGUCAUUCUGCGGCAGAUUCUUCAUACUUGUGGUGCUUUUCGUGCGUGUAGUAGGUAACCGGUGUCCGGGCUGUGAUGGAGCGCUGGAGGGGCAGAGUGGCUCUGGUGACCGGAGCCUCGGCUGGGAUUGGAGCGGCUGUGGCCGUAGAGCUGGUCCGGCUCGGAAUGAAAGUAGUGGGCUGCGCCAGGGACGUCGGGAAAAUUCAGAAACUGGCAGCAGAGUGUCAGAGCGCCGGUCAUCCUGGUGUUUUGGUUCCUUUCAAGUGUGACUUGACCAAAGAGGAGGAGAUUAUGGCCAUGUUUGCAGCGAUCAAAGAGCAGCACAAAGGUGUGGACGUGUGCAUCAACAAUGCUGGCUUAUCUCAUCCAGAACCUCUGCUAAGUGGCAAAACCAGCAGCUGGAAGAACAUGAUGGAUGUGAACGUUCUUGCACUGAGCAUCUGCACGCGUGAAGCUUAUCAGUCAAUGAAAGAGAGAAACGUGGAUGAUGGCCACAUCAUAAACAUUAACAGCUUGUGUGGGCACUGUGUGAUUCCCAAUCCUGAUCUACAUUUCUACACUGCCACAAAGUAUGCUGUAACCGCCCUGACGGAGGGCCUGAGGCAGGAGCUGCGUGCAGAAAAGAGCCACAUCCGAGCCACAAGCAUUUCUCCUGGUUUAGUGGAGACUGAAUUUGCAUCACGGUUCUACAAAGAUAAUCCAGAUAAAGCAGCUGGUGCAUACUCUGCAUAUAAGCCUCUGGAAGCAAUAGAUGUUGCCAAUGCUGUUACCUACGUGCUCAGAGCUCCUCCUCAUGUUCAGAUUGGAGAUGUUCUGAUGAAAGGCACGGAGCAAGCUUAGGGUUGACCUACAUGACUACAUUUAUAAACAGUUUGGUUUAUGAUUUUGUACUGAAAAUUUUCACUGAUGUAUAAAAUAAAAUGAUGGGGCGGUGGGGGGCUUGUUAAGUGUUCUUAUUUUACUGAAGGAAACCUGAUAUAAAGAACAGUUUAUGGUAGAAAACAUUCAGUUGUCAGUGUAAAAUUAUCUCAAAAAUAUAUUUCACUCUGCCAACAAUAGUAAUAAAAUGUAAAGUUAAUAUAUAAUACCUGACUAAUACAUGGGAAAGUAAAGUCCUGAGAAUAUUAGUUGACAGAGUUACUUAAACAUAUUGAAUGUCCCAGAAUACACAGAAUGUCUGAUGUGCUCAGUGAAGCUUUUCACAAAAAAACUAAAUGAAAUCAUAAUAAUCAAAGUAACAUAUUUUGUAUGUUGUUGUUAGAGAUUUAGUAACUUGCUAAAUGACCCAUGCACUGAUGAUUUAUGUCAUAAUGCAAUUAUAAUGCAAUAAAGCUCCUCCUGGGUAACUUCUA